AAUUAAUAUAUAAUUAAAGUGGGUUUUUUCUUCUCUUUGCAAGUUAUGCUUCAUUUCUCCGCUAGUUCUUCUCCGUAACCCCUCCGUUUAAGCUUUCUGCUCUUUCUUCAUCUCUCUCCCUAAGAAUUUCUUAUCAUAUUUAAAUGGAAUCGUAAUCCGUGUGAUUUUUCUUCAUAGUCCCGUAAGAUGGGAGUGCUGUCCAAUAAGAUUUCAAGGGAGGAAUUGAAACCGGGGGAUCACAUCUAUUCUUGGAGGCAGGCCUAUAUUUAUGCUCAUCACGGGAUUUUUAUUGGUGAUGGAAAAGUGAUCCACUUCACUCGGGGAGGAGGCCUGGAGAUCGGCUCAGGAACGGUAUUAGACCGAUUCCUUGUUAGUUCAUCUCCUCACUCUCCAGACAAUCCAUGUCCUGUAUGUGGUGAUCAGUCAUUUGGUGAUGGCGUAAUCUGUUCGUGUUUGGAUUGUUUUCUUGGUGGUGGAGAUCUUUACAUCUUUGAAUAUGGUGUCACGCCUAUGUUCUUUCUCGCGAAAGCCCGUGGCGGGACUUGCACUCUUGCUUCUUCUGAUUUGUCUGAAGUUGUCCUACAUCGCGCUUCUUUUCUCCUUCAAAAUGGAUUUGGUAUGUACAACAUCUUCAAGAACAACUGUGAAGACUUUGCCAUCUAUUGUAAAACAGGAUUGCUUGUUUACACGACCCUCAGCGUUGGUAGGAGCGGACAGGCUGCAUCAUUCCUUGCAGCCACGAGUGCGAUUGUCUCUUCACCACUUCGAUAUUUAACCACAAGUUGUAGCGGUCUAGCGCUUGUGGGUGUGGGCACGUAUUGUGUUAGUCGACUUGUUUCUGACAUUGGAGUGCGUCGUGAUGUCGUUAAAAUCCCGGUCGAGGAACUUGUGGCUAGAGCUAGCAGCAGCAAUGCUCCAGAGGAGGCAACACUAACGGCCAAGGAACAAUAGUGUUAUUGUUGGCUUCGACUAAACCAAAGAAUUGUCUUGAAAGUGUGAAAAACCAAUUCUUAAUUACUCCCUUGUAAUAAUUGUAUUGGAAUUUGUAUCCACAUUGUUGAAACUAAACUUUGGUUAUGUUGCAAGUUAUCUGUCA